AUGGUGCCCCGGCUCCUCGCUCUUGCUUCGUUCUUUUCUGCAUCGUUGGCGCUUCGAAAUGGUCUUGCCUUGACUCCUCCAAUGGGCUGGAAUUCAUGGAAUUACUUUUCGUGCGGCGUCAACGAGGACAUCGUCCUCAGGGCCGCAAAGUCUAUGAUUUCCUACAACCUUACCCGCCUGGGCUACGAAUACGUUCUCGUCGAUGACUGCUGGCAAGCGGACACCCGGGAUCCCAAAACAGGGGCUCCCGUCGAGGACAAGGGUAGAUUUCCCAAUGGUAUGAAGGACCUAGUCGACAAGGUUCACGCCAUGGGUCUCAAGUUUGGCAUAUACAGCAGUGCCGGCACAUAUACAUGCGCUGGUCGGUUUGGCUCCCUCGGAUAUGAGGAAAUCGACGCCAAGACGUACGCUGGGUGGGGUGUCGACUACCUCAAGUAUGAUAACUGCUAUAACGAGGGUCGCGCCGGAACCCCUAUGAUCUCUUACGAACGCUAUAACAACAUGUCCAUGGCACUAAACGCAACAGGAAGACCCAUGGUGUACUCUAUGUGCAACUGGGGAGAGGAUGGUCCUUGGAACUUUGCUAUCGAAAUCGCAAACAGCUACCGCAUAUCUGGAGAUAUAUAUCCUAACUACAAUGACUUCGAUAUCCGAUGUCCAUGCACGGACGUUCUCGACUGCAAACUUGCGGGCUUCCACUGCUCGGUGAUGAGAAUCCUGGACUUCUCUGCACCCAUCGGCCAAAAAUCAGGGAGUGGUCACUGGAACGACCUCGACAUGCUCGAGAUCGGCAAUGACGACAUGACUUUAUAUGAACAACUCACCCACUUCUCUAUGUGGGCGCUCGUCAAGAGCCCGUUGAUCCUCGGAAACGACGUCACGAGCAUGACACCACAGACGCUCACUAUCAUCACCAACGACGCCCUCAUCGCUAUCAACCAGGACGGCAACGGUCCUAUCACUCGGCGCUGGAAGAAGCCGGUGAAAGACGGUGAGAUCCAGCUCUGGUCCGGCGGCACCGCGAACAACUCCAUCAUCUUCACCGUCCUCAACACCUCCCCGACGACCCAAACCGUCUACCUCGACUUCGCCGACGUCUUCUACGACCAGGGCCGCUACUACGCCCGGCAAAAUUUCAAGCUCUUCGACCUCUGGAUGAAAGACGAGACCGACAACUGGGGCGCGCCCGCCGGCCAGGCGCAGUUCAACUUGACCCUCGAGGUCGCGACGCACUCCAUCAGGGUCUUCCGCGCGACGCCCGCGCCGCUGGAGAGUGCGGGGAGCGCGAAGCGGGAGUCGGAGAAGCACUUAUGA